AUAGAAAAAGACAGGAAAUACGAGAUGUUAAGGGACGCUAGGAAGGAAGGAAGAUAGAGACGCAUAGAGAGAAGACACGACAACCAUUUUCCCUUGUCAAUAAACGUUUGUGGGAACUCGCAUAAAAGCACCGGUUGUUCGAAAAUCAGAUGAUUACGAGCUCAUUGAUCCUGAUGUUGUGAAGGCGUGUCUCGAAUUAAAUGAUGAACAGUUUAUGAUCAAGUCAACUCUUGAAAAUGAAAUUUUCGACAAUAUUUUUUGUGCCAUCGCCUUGAAGGGCUACCCAGCCGCAUAUAUGAGUUGUGGAGGAUGUACUGUACACCCGUACGACUGGAACUUACCUCGUUUCUUCUUUUCGUUGCUGCUAAAUUUCAACGCUAGACCAACAAGUACUGCAGACGUACUGAUAGAAAAAGAGCGGGAUGUAACAGAGUGGCUUGCACCAAACGGCAUAACAUUUCAGCUCCAAUGUGGUCCAGGAAAAAUGAUGGAAGACUAUAUGUGCUUGGGAAAUCCAUUUUAUAAUUGCUUCGAAUAUAUAUCGUACUUCGGCCUUUAUUUCAAAGAUGAAAAUAAUAAUCUAAAUAUUGAUGAAACGAGAACAGACGAAGUCUUGAAGAUUAUACUCUCUCAGACAGGAAAAUGAAGGUAUUGAAAGAAAGAGAUCCAGACAUUAAGAGACCUAAAGACGAACAUUGCAAGGAGACUCUGUGUUUGGUUGAAAACUUCCUGACGUGGAUAUGUUUCAUUAUUUCCAUGGUUUGUCUUCUACUGACCUUGUUGACAUACUGCAUGUUUCCUGUCUUGAGAACAAAGGCUGGUGUAAACAACAUGUUUCUCAGCUUCAGUCUUCUCUUGGCACAAGUCUCUCUGAUUAUCAGUGCUUACACCUCUGUUUACAGGUUUUGGUGUGCAUUCAUUGGCGUUCUGGUUCAUUUCUUGUGGCUGUGGAACUUCUCAUGGAACUUCAUCUGUAGCUUUCACAUGUUUCGCGUUUUCACUGCCAGCGUGAGAAUGAACAAUGAACGUAAUAUGACUUGUGAUACCUGGAAAUGGUUGACUGGGUCCUUGGUUUUACCUGUCAUCGAUGUCAGUGCAGUUCUAACAUAUAGCUUCCUCAUGUCAAAAGGGAGAGAAUUCGGAUAUGGAAAUGUUCAAUGCUAUUUAGACUCUCCUUUGUUAAUUGGAAUCACUGUAGCUGCUCCGCUGUUCGCUAUAACCUUGAUCAACGUCAUCUUCUAUCUUGUAACGGUUUACAAAAUUUACAGUGUCCAACGGCUUCGGACGGCUUCCUUGUCCAGCACCACACCAGACUUCAAUACGACAAUUUAUAUCAAACUAUCAACAGUGACUGGCAUGUUUUGGAUUGUGGCGGUCCUUGCAGAGUUCUUGGAUAGUGAAAUAUUAGGAUUCAUUGCACUUUUGCUAAACGGACUUCAAGGACUGGCCAUAUUUCAGACCUUUGUGUUCAACAGGAGAGUUCUCUCUCUUUAUUCUUCUCUCUGGAAACAACCGGAAGUUUAAAAAAUAAACAGCCAUAUACUGUCAUUAGUAAACAAAUGAAACCGUGUAUUUGAAAAGUAAAGAAAAAAAAAACACAGCUAUUCCUCCCAAAAAUAACCAAAU